AUAAUUUUACACAAUUCGAAAAUGUCUAGAUGUCGAUCAAUUUUUAUGCUGUUGUGCAUUUCAAUAGUGCGCGGGGAAACGGAUUUUUUUUUCGAUUACGACGACUAUCUGGUUAGUGAGAGUGACAAUGAGAAAACAUUAGAUCUUUCAAACUCGGGAAUAGUCCGUUUGCAUAAUAAUUUUAUAAACAGCUCUGAUAUAACGCAUGUCAAUUUGAUGAACAAUAGGAUUAGCCAAAUUGCAGAUGGCGCAUUCGAAGGAUUGCCGAAUUUGGUUCAUCUAAAUUUAUCACAAAAUGGAAUACCGUAUGGGCAAUUGAAUUUUCUUGCUCAUUCUGCCCUGGAAACACUAGUUUUAGAUGAAGGCUUUACAAUGUUAGGAGCUGGGGGCAGUAGUAGUAUAAUUUUUACAAAAUCACUAAAGUUACCAAAACUAAAAAAAUUGUACUUACGUAAAAAUAAAAUAAAAUCGAUAUCUACGCAGCCGAGUGUGUCGUUAAGUGACAUCAUGCCGAGACUCACUCAUCUUUAUCUUAGUGAAAAUAGUAUCUCAUACACAAACCUUCUAGUCAGCAUGCCAUCGAAUCUAACUCACGUGUAUCUAGAUAAUAACAAAUUUUCGGAAUUUAGAAGUUACUCCAAAAAUAAUAUCAAAGUCUUAACGAUCCACAACAACAAUAUUGGAAAAUUGUGUGGAAGUGUUGGCUCCUGCAUAGGCCUAAGAUUAGAAAAUUUCGUGAAAUUAGAAGUGCUGACAAUUUCAAACACGGGGCUCUCCUACAUUACAUCUGACGCAUUCAAAGAUUUGGGAAAUCUGCGUCAUUUGAAUAUGUCUAUGAAUAAAAUUACCGAAUUUGACAAGGAUUCAUUAUUUUACAUGGAAAAAUUAACUAGUUUUCAGCUGGAUCAUAAUCUACUGAAAAAUGUGCCGCACAUUUGUACCCUCGUAAAUUUGAAAGAAUUAUCACUUUCAUACAAUAAAAUAAUUUCUUCAAAAAUGGGAGACUGUAGUUUAUGGAAUUUGAAAAAAUUAAAUCUGAGUAACAACGCGCUGACUGAAAUUUAUCCCUAUUCGUUCGAUACUUUACACGGGCUAGAGGAAUUGGACCUCUCUAAAAAUUCACUGGUGACUUUGCCCGAAAACUGGCUUUUGACUUCGAAAAAUAAUUUGCAAUAUCUUUAUUUAAAUGACAAUAAAAUAACUGACUUUUCAAACUUUUCAUUAAGUUUGGCGAAAAAUCUUAAAUAUGUUAAUAUAGGAAAUAAUCCGAUAGAAUUUAUAAGGAUAAAAACUCUGACAUCCUUACCGGAGAAUGCGAUGUUAGAUAUUGGCUUGAAAUUUUUUAAGUCACUAACAUUUUUAUUUCAAAAGCCAGAAAUGUUUAUUCGAAGUAUUUUAUUUUUUUUCAUUUUAUGGUUCAUUUCGGUGGACUGUGAAAUCGAACAUUGGUCAGAUGAAAACGACUCUAAUGAAAACGUUAACGGAACUGUAUUAGACCUUUCAAAUACGGGAAUAAUGCAGCUGAAAAAAUCUUUUGUGAACAGUUCGAUUCUAACACACGUUUAUUUAACGGAUAAUAACAUUUGGAAAAUUGAAGAAGGCGCAUUUGAUGAUUUACCGAAUAUGGUUUAUCUAAAUUUGACCGGAAAUAUAAUUUCGUUUGAAGAAUUAAAUUUCGGUGAGCAUUCUAAUAUUGAAACGUUGAUUUUGGACAGAGCGAUAAAAAAACACAACGAUUUGGGAUACUAUUAUGAGUCUAUUGAUGACUGCGGCCGAGUGAAAAAUUACCGAGAGCUAAAUCAAAAUCUCCAGAAUGAAUUUACGAUGUCAACUUCUGUUAAGUUACCAAAAUUAAAAAAACUGUACUUACGUCAGAAUAAUAUUCAGUCGAUAAGCUUAGAUAUUAUUACGUCAUUUAACGACAUCAUGCCGAUUGUUACUCAUAUUUAUCUCAGCAAAAAUAAUAUCGCGUCUGUGGACUUCAUUGACCAUCUUCCGUCAACGUUAUCUCAUUUGUAUCUCGAUUAUAAUGCGAUAGUAUUUUUUGGGUCUGUGACUUUCAAAAAUUUAAAAAGUUUAACACUCGAUGGCAAUCAAAUUCGUAAUCUGUGUAAUAGUAAUGAAUUCUGCGACGGAUUGACGCUGAAAGGUGCAGUGAAUCUUGAAACUUUAUCUGUUUCGGAAGUGGGUCUUCAAGAAAUUGAAUCAGAUGCGUUCGAUAGUUUGGGAAAACUACGGCAGUUAGACGUUUCUCACAACGCAAUUCACAGAAUAUUUAAACAUACAUUCGAUAGCCUGACAAAUCUAACAGAAUUGAAGCUGGAUCACAAUGACCUCAUCACUAUGCCGGACCUUUGCAGUCUCAAGAGUCUUAAAUAUUUAUCAGUAUCGAAUAAUAAGAUACAUUCGAUAAGCAAAUUAUCAUUUUGCGGUUUAUCAAAACUCAAGGUAUUAAAUCUCAGUAAUAAUACAUUGAAUGACAUUGUUGCUGGGUCAUUUGACGAAUUGACGGCGUUAGAAGAGCUUGACCUCUCGGGUAAUGAAAUCGUUACUUUACCGGACAGUUGGUUAUCGGCGAAAUUGAAUUUACAGAGUUUGUAUUUGAAUAAUAAUUCGUUCGAAAGUCUUUCCAGUCUAUCUUUGACCAAAAACAAGAAUCUUAAGUACGUAAAUAUUGGAGGAAAUCCAUUGAAAUUGAUAAAUAUUAAAGCAUUGACGGCUUUACCAGAGAAUACAUCAGUAGAUAUCGGAAGUAUAGGCAUUGAGCAGCCGGUCUUGGGAUCGUCUUCAUAUUGUGAAACUUGUCAACUCUUUUGUCCAAAUCACCACGGAUAAUAUUUUUUAUAAUCCUAUAAUUUUAUGAUACUGCAUUUUGUAUUCAAUUUUUGAUUCUUAUUAAUUAUGUUACACACAGUUUACAUUUCCAAGAUUCUUCAAUAAAGAAAACUUGAUUUAACUAUAAAUCCUCCUA